CUCGGCAGUCGGCACACCAUGGCAACAAGCCCACGCGUCGCUUUCUUCGCUGCUGCCACCUUCGCCCUCCUCCUCGCCGCCUCGCCGUCGCCGGCGCUGCCGCCGGCCGUGCAGCGCGACGCCGGCGACGGGAUGAAGUGGACGACGACCACGGUCCCGUCGGCCGGCAACGGAACCGAGGAGACGCUCACCCAGUGGGCCGAGAGGCAGCGCUUCCGCGUCGGCGACGUCCUGGACUUCAAGAGCUGGAACGGCACGGUGCUCCUCCUGGCGCGCCGCGGCGACUACCGGCGGUGCCGCGCGACGGCUAGCCCGGCGAGGCGCUUCGCGGGCGGCGGCGACACGGAGUUCGUGCUGGAUCGGCCGGGGACCUUCUACUUCGCCAGCGCCGUGCCGGGGCGCUGCGAGGCGGGCCAGCGGAUGGUCGUGCGCGUCGUCGUCGACGCCGACGACGCGCCCUUCGACUUCGCGCCAACCAGCGGCGUCGACCCCGGCACCACUGCUCCGCAGCCGCCGACCGUCGUGUUCAAGCUGACGCCGUCAGCAUGGCUGUGGAUCGGGACCGUAGGAGUCUUCGCUGCCCUCCUCAUCUGCGUCACGUACUUCUACCUCGACGAGCAAACCAAGCUGGCCAAGCAUUUCAUGGACGCGCUCGGGGCAAGAUUGGAGGACCACAAAGGAUUCUCUACCGAGCUCGCUGCUACUAGUGUGUAGUAGUGCCUAUGGUAGGGGUCCAUGUUGCUUGCCACGCACCUGAUUACCUGAAGAAGCCCUGAAAUGCGGUGCACUGAUGUUCAUCGAUCCUGCUAAUAAUUAAGUUUGUAUGACCCGGAAAUGCGUUCGUGUUCAUGUUUUUACUCCUUCACUCGCUGUGCCAACCAUCAGGGCAGUAAACAUUACGGCCUACUAGGAUAAUGUAGCAGCAUUCAUUUCU